AUGUCAUCAAAUGAUACUCCAUAUAAUCCAGCUGAAGAAACAAUUAAUUCAAUUCUCACUGGAUUACUUCCAGUAUUGAUAUUUGGUCUGUUUAAUGGUUUUGAAGAUGAUAAAAAAAAGAUAAUAUCCAUGAUAAAUAUAUUUGAUGAUUUUGUCAUAUUUGCGUCUAUUACCAUAUACCCUUUGAUCACAGCAUUUGAAUGGUAUCAAUAUUAUACUAAGUCUAACAAAAUAAUGGUUAUUAGAAUUUACAUCAUUGCAGCAAUAUUUGGAAUAAUUUCAUACAGCUUUUUCUUGUUUAUUCGAUACAAAAGCAAAAUAAUUGGAGUUAAAGAAAAUGAAAACAACGAACAAAAAAACGAAGAAAAGAAAAAAAAAAUAGAAGAGGAAAGAAAUGAUGAAACAAGUAUAAGUCUUGAUGAAGCAAAUGAAAAUAAAGAUAAUGAGAGAGAAAACAAUGAAGAUGGGAGGAAAAUAAAACAUAUACUAGUUAAUGAAAUUUUAGUUUGUUUCUUCUUUAUAAUACUAACCAUUAUACCAGUUUUUGGGUAUACCACCUUCGUCAAAGGUGAUCUUGAGGAUAAUGGUGUUUCAAACGUUGACAUUAAAUACGUAAGUAAUUAUUGCACAAAAAUCUUUGGAGUUAACAAAUGCAACAGUUUGAGGAUAGCAAAUAUCAUAGUAUAUGUUUGUAGUAUCGGAUUACACAUUUUACAGCUGAUUUAUAUCUGUUAUAAAGCAAGAUUAUACAAACUACACAAACGUGAAAAUAAAAUUUUGAGAUGGUUCACAAGUAUUUUAAAACAUAUCAAUAUAAUUACAUUAAUUGUUUAUCCAGCUAUUAUAUCGGGAUAUUUAAUUAGCACCAACCUUAUUACUACAAAAAUAGCCUUUGGAAUUUGUACUAUAUCUUUUACUAGAUUAGUUAACCAUUUUAAUGAAAAACCUGAAAAAGUCAAUACAUUAAUCUCUUUUUAUCUGAAUAGCAAUAAUACCAAUAAUUAUACAGCUAAAGAACAAAUAGAAAAGGAUAUUGAAGAUUUAACAAAAAAGUUAAAUGACAAAAUAGGCGAAUUGAAAGAACUAAAAAAGGGUGAUGGAAGAACAAAGGACGAAAAAGAAUAUAUUCUCAAUAUACUGAAUAGUCUUUUAUAA